AAAUUUUACAAUUUAUUUCUUGGAUUUUUAAAAAAUUGAAAUUAUAUGUAAUUAAUAUUUAAUUUUUUUACAGAUAACAUGGGUGGCGAAACUGAAGAAUAUAAAUUCUGGACACCUCCAUUUGAUCCUCGAUUCCCAAAUCAGAAUCAGACAAAAAACUGUUAUCAGAAUUUUCUUGACUACCAUCGAUGCCGGAAAAUUAAAGGAACUGACUACGAGCCUUGUGAAUAUUUCAAGAGAGUGUACAAAUCUCUUUGCCCCAAUGCAUGGAUUGCAAAAUGGGACGAGCAAAUAGAAGAAGGUAGAUUUCCUGGAAAAAUUUGAUGUAAUUAAUUAAUAACUAAUUAUUUUGUUACUUUCAGUAAUACUUACUAGUAAAGAACUGUAAUUAAACAUGGAUGUAAGAAUAAAAUUCUGAGUUAGUUCUAUAAA